AGUAAGUUUGGUGCAAACUUCUUCACUUCAGUCUAGUGAGAAAUGUUCGCGUCGCAACAUUUGCUGCUUAAUCUCGUUUUUCGAUUGAUUUAGUGUUUAAGAAAUUUGCCAGAAAAACUGUGAAUUUUGAAUUUUGCAUAAUAUGCAUAGUGAAUAGCAGUGAAGAAUUGUGAGCUUUCUGUUUGAUGAUUUUCGUUGCGAUUUACGCUAGUGAAAAUUUUUCGAAAGCAGACAUGUUUUUAUUUGCCCAAUAUCCCGGUUUAUCUAAAUGGUGGUUACAAGAUAAAAUAUGUUUGAACUAGAUUUAAACAUUACUCGUUCGAUCUCAUUGCAACUAUUGUAAUGGCGUUUAUAGAUUAAUGCCUGGUUAUCUCUUUUUAUUGGAAUAUGCUUGGUACAAGGAAAAAUUGCACAAAAGUUUGAUAUGUGAUAUGCGUAAAUGAAAAAAAAAAACACGAUUGUGUAUGUGUCUAACAGCGACAGGACAGCAAGAAGGAUUUUCUUUCCAUUGAGUCUCAACACAUGGGAAGCAGGUAGCGUGAUCCGAUACACACGACUAGUGAUCAAAGGCUGCUACGGACGGAUGAAAAAAGUGCAACCGUAGUGCUAGUCGAAAGGUCGCAUUUUUAUGUGUAUUUGUGAGAUUUGACAAAAACGUUUUGUUUGGUAGUGAUAGUAGUAGUCCUGAAGCCAAUUGUAAAGUGGACAAAGUCAAGUGGUAAUCAAAGCAUCUCAAAUGCCUGUUUGAAUAUGUUGACUAAAAACUACUUACAAUGAAAGCCAAACCACACUAGAAUGUAGUAAAACCGUUAUAUCGUGUAUCGCAGAGUUGCCCCGUUUCAGCAAACCGCCGCAUGAUGAAAUACUAACACCAUACUUUGCUAGAGACUUGGAUUUAUGGAUUUACUGCUCACUGAAAAUAGAGGCUAUUUACCUUCAAAGUGGACAAAGUGAGAUCGAGUGAAAUGUUAAGAAUAAGCAAUUUUCAACGUCUGGGCGCAUGAAUUACAUUCAGUGGGUUUUUGUACUAUCGCUUAACUAAAGGAGAGAAAGCUUGAAUUGAAAAAAGGAGAAAGUGUGAAAACAGACUUGUGCAUCUCAAUGGCUUUCCGUCGUGUUUGCAGUAUAGUGUAUGUGAAUAGCAGUGGUAAUGUGAUUCCAAGAAUAAGUGAAUAUUACGCACACCAAAAGUCAGAGAAUGAAAAUAAAUUUACAUCUGUUGCAUUUGAAAUGUGAUGUGAAUGUGGAAAUAGAGCAAUAAUUGAUUUUCCGCAGAAAUUUUUUCCAAAAUCAGUGAGAGUAAGAUUUGAGAAUCGGAUAACGAUAUAUAACCUAAAGAUCAGGUUCGUUCUUCCAUUCAAUAGCAAGGAGCGUGCAGCUAACAAUCAUUAUGGAUAUAGGAAUAGAGCGGAGUGAAGCAGGGGCCACCAUUGGCACCCUCUUUCAGCACAUUGUCAACGACAUGAAGAAUUCUAGUCCACUGUGGGAAGAUUUCAUCGCGAAAGCUACUAAACUACAUGCCUGUUUGAGGGCGGCGAUUCAGGCGUUGGCGGCAUAUUUAGAAGCUUUCCAAAAAAUUGCUGAUUCGGCAACCAAUUCAAAAGGUGCCACCAAAGAAAUAGGCACAGCUCUGACGCGCGUGUGUUUACGACAUAAGGCAGUGGAAACGAGAAUGAAAACCUUCACCGCCGCGAUCAUGGACUGUUUGAUUGUGCCGCUCCAAGAGAAAUUAGAGGAUUGGAGAAAACAUGUUGCUAUUAUAGAUAAAGACCACGCCAAAGAGUACAAGCGCUGUCGGACGGAGUUGAAAAAACGUUCCAGCGAUACCCUACGGUUGCAAAAGAAAGCCAAAAAAGGUCAAGCUGACAAUUUGCACAUUCUGGUGGAGUCUUCCAUGCAGGAUGUGACACUGCGGCGAACUGAGCUCGAAGAGGUGGAACGGAAGUCGCUACGGGCCAUCAUGGUCGAAGAGCGGUCACGAUACUGCACGUUUGUAAAUAUGUUACAACCCGUGGUUCACGAGGAAUGUGAGGUGAUGUCAGAAUUAAGUCAUCUACAAGAAGCAAUGCAAUUAAUAGCAAUAGUAACGAAAGAUCCAUCUAUCCUGCCGCAAGCUUCAGAAGAACUAAUUUUAGAGUCAAAAACGAAUAUCAAUUUUUACCCUGAUUCACCCGGCGGUUCCAAUUCACAGGGAGGCUGUUCGAACUCGCUAGGAUCACGUAAAAGUUCGGUAUGCUCAAUUAGUUCAAUGAACAGUAGCAGUAGUGGUUCUCCAGGUCAUCAGUUCCAGCGAUCGCUAUCACAGUACUCCCCAGCGAUACGUUUGAAACCAGGUGAAUCUAGUGAUAGCGGAUUUUGUUCUUCGCCAGCUUUAACUUCGCAGGCCUCCACACUUGCUAGUCAAUCGCAUGCGGUUUCUACGUGGCCUCCGCAUACACAAGACAACGCUUCAAGUGCUGAUCGGCCUCAUACUAUUUCAUCAGCAUAUGAGAAAGGUCACCAACGGCCAGCGCUCACAGUUUAUACGUUCCAGAACCCGGAAACGAUAUCUGAGAAUCAGAAGUCUCCUGCUAACAUAUCAUGCCGACCGCCGCUCCCUGUGCGUUGUUCAUCGUUAGAAAGGCCAUUAUCAACAGCUUCCAUGAAAAAUGCAAAUACAAACGCCCCAAGGCAAUGCCCUUCACCUAUUCCAGCCCACAUUACCAAAGAACACCCACAACUACAGCCCACCUACGUCAAUAUGACUGAACUGGCAUCGAUGGCCGCCUCCAAAGUUACUAACAACAACCAUAACAAUAAUACAACUAACCAGUCCCCAUCGGUGAUACAAACUCCAAUACAGCCACAAACAAUUGGAUACCAACAGCUUCAGCAACCGAAUUCACCAGUGUUGUCUUCCGCUUCGUCGCUCAUUUCACCAGAUUCAUGUGCCACUAAUGCAAUUAGUUCACCAGAUGUAUCUGCGUGCAGCACUCAGACUCCACAAAAUACGCCCCAAACAGAAUCUCCCCAGACACCCAUCUACAGCGGCAGUGCGAUGUCGGUUGUUGGAUCUGGUAGCGGUAAUGGUGAAAGUGUCGUCGAUGGAAGCGUUCCAACGAGUCCAAAACACGUGGCUACUACAAUCGAAACCGAAAGUAAUAAUGAUAACAAUAAACACCUGUCGUCGUCAGCACCGAAUGACCUCGAUGAUAACCCAUCAAUUCAAGAUAAUACUAACAACCAAUCUCAAUUCACCACAGAUAAAGAUAUCCUUAAAUGUACCGGUUCAGUUCUAGAGAAAACAUCUAUGUUUGAGCAACAAAUCAACAAUAACCAACAUCAACAGCAAGUAUUAUUAAAUACACCAACACGCGUUGAAAACGUUUACGGACACAAAGGCGAAGAAAUUUACAAAACAACAGGUCUACAUCCAGAUCGAGAUGCUGAGCGAAUCGAUAAAGAAACGAUUGAGGAGUUAAAUAAUUUAAUUGGUGAACUAGACCUAUUUCAAAAGGAGCACGAGUUACGAUUAGAAGAGCAUCUGUUACCUUUACCUGAAAAAGGCGUCAAUGGUAAUGUAUCGUCGAAUAACAGUGAUUCGAACGAAAGCGAACGUAACGAUAAAGAGUCGAUCUCAAGUUCGAUGAACAUUGAAGGACUGAGUUUAUCAUUAAACAGUACUAGUUUUGGAAAUGAUUAUUCGUUCAACUACAGCGACAGUGACAUCAACAAGGGCAACCAAAGAGGUAGUGAUACGACUGAAUACCCUAACACUGGAUUUGAAAAUCCUUCUUUCGUGCAUCUGAAUGAAUCAGAAAUUGUUGUAAUGCGACAGAAUGAUUUCGGCAAAGUUGAUCCGGAGAACUACUACAGUCAGAACAUGAGCGAGGUGGUGGUUCUACGUUGCAAGGAUGUUUCGAAAAGUGAUUCAACACGCAUUGAAGACGCAAUCAGUGUCGAAAGUCAACAACGGCUCAGUUCGUUUAAACUAAAUUCACGAUCUGCUUCACCAGCGUUAUCAUCGUUCGGACUUUCUCGAUCACCCACGCCAUGCUUUUCGUUGCCGCCUAGUAACGCCACAACUCCCACGAUGGCGUCACCACAACACACUUUACACAAUAACAGUGGCAACAACAACUAUGUGAUAAAUCAACAACAACAACAUCCGCAGCAACAUUUUGUCAAUGGUAAUCAGAAAUGCUCGUUGAUCUCAAUGCCAUCCGAUGAACGCAUUAAUAGAAUUAAGCCUGCAAUCACACCUCGACCUGCAUCGUUAACUGGAGCUAGCCGGGUCGCUCGACGGUCCUCUGUAAAUACUAUAAAACCUCCACCUCCUGUUAGGAGAAGCUCCAGUGUGACACCAAACCCCAAUAUGGGAACUAGCUCGCCAAAUUUAUCUCAGCAAAGUCAUGCUUAUACUUCCUCAGAAAGUUUACCGCCUCCUCCUGCGUACCUGCUCGAUAGUACUGCUGGAAACUCACCAAUUCCAGGAAACGUAGCAGGAACAGUGAAAGCUUUAAAUGAAAUCCGACACAAGCCAGCAAGUCCUAGUGUCCUUCGACGCGCUCACCAAAACCUAUCAAAUCAACAACAACCAUUAUCCCAAUAUUCCACCAACGUAUACAAUACUAGCCCGCCCAAAAAUGAACCCUGUAGAUAUGCUUCGCCGUCUAAUACGCAGCACCUUCCGCUAAACACUGCUAAUUCUGUUGGUGAUAGCCCUAACUUGUCUGCAAAUCGCGCUUCGAAAUCGAGCCAUCACCAACAAGGCAUUUAUGCACAACCGAAGCAGAUAACGACAAUGUCCAGUUUCCGAACAACUAGUCCAGGUCCGCAAAAACAAAAUAGUGGAUUUUUGGCUCAGCUCAAUGCUAGAAUCACUCCCAGUAAGACUCAACAGCAACAGUCGUCGCCCCAGCACUAUCAAUCGCAGCAGCAAUCUUACACUUAUACGACUGCUCCGUCGAAUGAACCAGUAUAUCAUAGAAGUAGUCCUGCAGAUCAACGUUCUUCCUACAACAUCAGUAAUCAGCAACAGCAAACUUCGCAGGGAAUCUACUCAACAUCUCCGCAGCAAACGUCAGCGCACCAGCAACAAUCACAGUACUACUACCAUCAACAAGUGCAGUCACAUCAACAACAUUCAACGUCGAACAGUCAAAGAGACGGUAAAGCCCAAAUUUAUUCAUCCGCCCCUUCCCAAAACCAGCAACCACAUCACCAUCAUAGUAAGCAGCAACAGACCCUCCAACAGCCGCAAACAAAGACGCAGUUCUAUUACCAGCAAACACAACCGCAGCAAACUUUUGCUACUCAGAAUAUUUACGUGUCUACCAAUCCAUUCGCAACAGCCAGUCCGGUUCACUCUAGCUACUCACCUUCGUCUUUCGGUAAAUCUCCACGCGAUGGCCAUGAUUCUGGUCAUGGGGGCGGUACCCACAGCCGAUCAAAUCAACAACUUCGCGGUAACAUUGUUGGCAAUGCUAACAAUACUAACAACGUGCUCGCCAAAACCAGUGCUGGAUUUCUAGAAAAUCUAAACGCAAGACUUGCCGAACAAAGACUGUCAGGAAAAGCGUUUGCUGUACGGAAUUUGAUCAACAGCAAAGCACUGCCUGAUCCACGAAUAUGCCACGAAUCACUAAUGGAUCAAAUCAAACGUGGUGCCACUCUGAAGCGAAAUCGUACGAUAAAUGAUCGAAGUGCACCGAAAAUUCAUUAGAAAGCUCCGUAGAAAAGGGAGAUAAUCCCUUACAGAAAAAACUGUAAGCCAAAUAAUACUAAGCCCAUAAGUGGUAAGUUGGAGAAAAAUAGUUCCCUAAGUACUCAUCGAAUGAGUGCCACUAAUUACACAGUCGUCGCUAUAUCAGCAACUGAAUUACGUCCAGCGUUAAUCGAAAGUCGGAUAAGCAAAAUUCUACAAGAAUGAUUGAACACCUUUCGCUAGUCGAAAAUGGAGGAAAAAGAAUUCUAAAUCAAAAAAAAAAACAUAUACCUUGGAUCUUCAAAAUGUUUAGCGAGAGUGCCCGAAGACAAACGACGAAGUAAAGGAAAGUUAAUUAUACAUAUUUCAAGUGUUAUCUAUUUACUAACAUGUAUUUAAUUAAUCAGUUUAUUCAUUAUGAAAUAUGCUGUAUUAGUUAGGAUGCUGGAUAGCGUAGCGAAAUUGAAGCGAACAAGUUGAGCUUAGUGAAGUUAGAGAUGCUACACUCCAAGUAUUUGGUUUUCGCAAACUACUCUAUAGUUUAAGUAUGAUUCGAAAAAGCUUCCUUUCCGAAUACUACGUGCGUGAACUGCUUUUAUUUUAGCAUUGUGUUCGUGAAUGAGAACAUUUUUACUAUAACAAUAUAAUAUACAUAUAACAUUAUAUACUCUUGAAAUUCAUACCAAAGGAGCAAUUUUUCAUUUAAUCUUUCAAAACUUUUAAACCAUUUCGAGUUUUAACAUUGAAACAACAGAACUGAUUCUUGCUUAGAAAAUGUAUACAACAGCAUCGUGGAAUAUCAUUUUCUCCCAUGUAACGCAAAGCACUGAACGAACUACAAGAAACUCCUUUAGGAGUAAUUCGAAUGUCUAUCAACAAAAGAAAACUAUAUAUCAAUUAUGAACCGUGGUACUGAAGUUAUAUACAAACUGUAUAUUCUACGUGUAAACAAAUAAAAUACAAUUUAUCAAAUGCUAGUUAUACACAGCAAAGUCAGGUAGGGGAAACAGUAAAAACAUUCGAUGUCGUCCAUUAAAAUGUAGGAAUACAAAACAUUCGCAUUAAUAACGGAAGCUCAACCACAUGUAAAUCUUUGUUUUUCAGUAUUGUACGAAAAGAGCGAAUGAAGGCUGAUUUCUAGCAACACCUGAGAUACCAUCGUGAAAUCUUUUUCUUCGGAAUAGGUAUCAACAGUUCAAGGGUAAUCGUAUCCAAAUUCUUCUCAGAUCCACGAUUAAGAACAUCAAAUAAAGUUCACUCUGUCUCCUCUGUUUAAUGUGUUUGCUCAAAAACUAGGAUUAAAAUCGGUGAUUUCCUCUCAAGUUUUCGUUUCUCAAUGAACACGUUUCUCAUACAAAUGUUUCUUAGUCGUGGAUUGUAAUCUGUCCGUCAAGGAAUCCGUAAAAAUUUGCGGUAUCUCUACCGAUGAGAUGAGUAUAGGAACUAUUAUCCUAUCUGAAUUAGUUUCCUACUAAACAUUCGUCUUCUACCAAAGACAAAUUGUAAGCCGGGCCUUCCCACGCCUUUUUCCAAUUAAACAAGGAAAAAAUUCUCUUCCCUUCUUGGUACCAGUACAUACAUCAAAAGAGGCUAAAUUAUUUACCAUCAGAAUGUUAUUUUUUCAGUGAUUAUUUAUUUUGCACACCGAUAUUUAUUGCCCCUGUGUGUGGAUGAUGUUAUUAUUUUAUGUCGAUUUAUCGCGCCGAACAGAUCGAAUCUCGUAUGGAUACUCUUUGGUAAUCAUACAACGUGAUGAAAGUGUCUAACCGCGGUGUUGUCUAUAGUAUCCAGUAGACAUGACGAUGGUUGUAAACACGCGUUAUGAUUAAAGCGAUCCUAUUCUGUUAUAACUUAUACAUUUAUUUAUUUGUGCUACUAAACCAUAACAAAAAAUCGUCACAAUAACCUAAGGAUAGUAUUUAGGUCCCGAAGGCUUAACAAAACAAUACUAAAUGCUGCGAACAACAACAAAAAAAAAACAAUAAUUACUAGAUAGGCGAACCAGAGCGAAACUACGAAACACUCCGCAAAAACCCAACAAACACUAGCACGAAAUUAGCAGAUUACGAGAAGCAAGAGUGAAUAUAUUUUUAUACAAACGAACGCUAAACUUGUGUUUUUCGGGUAAAAACUGAACGUAACGACUAUCGGUGAAAUUCUGUAUUGUUCAAUUUAAUUCAUUAUACACUAUGGUAACAUCGUGAACAUAUAUUGCUGUAUUCUAGAACGAAAAUAUCAAAUAAAAGUGCAUAACUCAAAA